AUGAAGGAUGCAAAAAAAUGUAACCAGAUCCCAUCAAAAUACGAUGGCUUCCCGUAUGGAGAUGGGUUCGUAUCUUUAACGGAAUCCAUUUUGGUCGAUGCCUUUUUGGAUCCAUUGUGUCCUGAUAGCAGAGACUCUUGGCCUCCUUUGAAGAAAGUGAUUCGAGAUUAUUCCCCUCACGUUUCCCUCAUUGUUCACCCCUUUCCCUUACCGUACCAUGACAAUUCAUAUCUUUCUUGCCGUGCCCUUCAUAUUGCAAACAAGUUGAAUGCAUCUGCAACGUAUCCUUUACUGGAGUCAUUUUUCAAGAAUCAGGUGAGGUAUUCGAAUGCACAAACUCACAACCAGUCCAGGGCAUCUACAAUUGAUGACAUGGCGAAUUUCGCUGUUAUGACCGUUGGAAAUUCCUUUUUACCUGCGUUUAAAUCUGGUUUUGAAGACCAGAGUACUGAUGCAGCAGCAAGAAUCUCAUUCAAGUAUGGGUGUUCAAGAGGUGUAUAUGGUACACCAUUCUUCUUUGUCAAUGGAUUUGCUCUGCCUGAUGCUGGCUCUGCUCUUGACUACAAAACUUGGACAAGUGUGAUCGACCCGUUGGUGAAGAAACAGAAGAAGAAAGGGGUUGAAGAUCUUUUGAUUUACCUUUAAAAGUAAACUCUGUCCAUGUGAGUUGUUCGUUCUCGUGUUCCAAGUCUCUUUAUCUUCUGUUUUUGAGUACUAAUAUGGAUUGUGGUUGGUGAUGGGGUUGGACAAAUUGAUGUAAUAAGUUACGUAAGCCUCUCGUAGAGCUUGCGUGG